AUGGCUCCCGUUCCGGAGGCCAAUUUCCCGUCCCUGGACAAGUGCUUCUCCGGGGACGUGCAGCUCUUAUCCUGGAGAAGAGCUUUUCUCUAUGCAAAUGACACCGAAGCCUACGCCGCCGAUGGAGGUCGCAUCAAUUCCUUCCUUUCGCAUCCCGACAGUGUUCACCUGCUUUCCCAAAGCUUGAACCCCUUUUCUCCACCUUCUGCAAAAACCAAAUCUGAAUUUGAAUCCAAAACUGCCGCGAUCCAUGUUGAAACCAAUACUCAGAGCUCUUUCGACCUGAAGGAAAUCAAGGCGGACACUUUAUGGCUGAGCCAAAAAGCUGGAAUUGACGAGAUUACAGCCCUUCGAAUUGCAGUCUUAGAAUGGCAGAACCGCCCUGCAACCCGUCUCACCACUAAUUUCUCUGGGGAGGAGGCUACAAGCUUGCAAAGUGCAGCGGGCACCGAGAACCUCCGAGUUUCAUUGGCCGGUCCCAAUUUGGCCAGCAUAUUGAAACAAACUGCGCGCGAGGAAAACGUGUCUACAUUCGACACAGAGACAAAUCGGCGCCUGCGCCUGCGCAAUAUCUACCUUUCUGAACGAAGCCACAUCGUGAAGACAUUCCGCAAGCUGCUUGCUCUGUCCUUGCACGAUGACAUCUCGAGCCGCCCAACUCUCUCCCGGGGCCGCGGGAGUGAUUGCAAGAUCGCUUUAUACAAGCUGGGGGCAACCAUUUUUAGCAAAAAGUCGACCGGUGAUGGGCUAAGCCAAUUCCUCCAAGAAUGCAUCAUUUCAAUACGCAGCCGACUAUCGGACUUGGAGGGUGAUGGUGGCUGGCUUGGGGCAGCUGAAAGUAAUGAAGAGACAGAGGAUAUUUGGAGGACAACACUUGUCGAAGAGAUUGUUCACAUCCUCCAGAUCAUGUUUCAUCAGCUUCAGGCGUCAGCAGACAUUCCGAGUGCUGACUUGUUAUUGUCCUGGCUUCGUCUCAUGGCUGAUUAUAGCUUCUUGGAAUCGCUACAAGUGCCUUGCCAACAACCGGUGGAAGUUGUAUUGCCGCUUCAGGCCUUUGCGUCUUUGACCACUUUGGCGUUCUUGAAACUUUCCCUGUCUAUCCCCUCCAUUAUCAACAAGACGCACCCGCAGCCGAGCUCACCCGCCCAUACACCGUAUUUCCUUUCCAAAGAAAAGAUCUCUCAGAUCAAUGAGAUUCUCCUGGGCGCCUGUGGGGAAUUAAACACAGCGAAUCCAGCUGCAUUUUCCUGGGGGCUUCUCCUGCACACUAUGAGAGAGCUCGCACUCAACGACAAAGAGACUCGAGAAAUGGAACAGUUUCACAAUGCCGUGGACUCAUUCCAGUCGAACACGCACAACGCAGGUCUCUCCCGAGGUUCGGAACAGUCCCUUUAUGAAGAUCUACUUGACUCUGCUCGAACACCGAAACACACUGUUGACGACGCGAUUCCGCUCUUCACAUCCGACACAGUCAAGGAAUCAGUGUUCGGCGCCAUUAUCACUUUGUCUUCUAAGUCUGGAUGCAUGUCAGCAAUUGACGAUGGCUUGACGAACCGGUGGGUGCGCUUGGCACUUCUCGAUCUCAUUCGAGUUGCGAUAGUCUAUUUGGACUAUUCGCCAGAGAUGGUCGAGUCGGUGCUGGCCAUUCUCACCGGUACUUCUCAAGAAUUGUCUUGGGAUUCCGCAAAUUCCCUAGGAGCUGCGAGCGACCCCAAGUCAGUCUUUGCCAAGGACAAUUUAUUGAUGGACAAUAUUUUCCGCAUUGCGCGGUCUCGAUUCCCUUACGAAACGGUUCCGUUUCUCAAGCUCUGCCGUGCUCUGGUGAGCCGCCAUUCACUAAACGAGGAUGGGCUUCCUGAAAUCCUGGAUGAAUUGGAGAACAUGGAUACCUUCACACAAGUCGUUUCACCGGCUUUCCAGGGGUAUGAGACCAUUCGAGAAGAUGAGAACGCAAAUUUUGUCUCCUUAAUGCAGCCUUUACCAAUGUUCGAAAUCGCCAUCCGCAACCGCCUGCUGGAGAAGGAAUCGACCAAUGCUUUGAUCGUCAGCGGCUCCUCUGAGAUCCCCACGACUACAGUUGGUCAAGUCAUCUCCGAAUCCAAACCCGCGGUAAUUAUGUGGCAGCAUCGAUAUUCGUGCUUGAGUUACCUCGGAAGUUGGCUGGAAGAAUGGAGUGAAAGUGGCCAGCCAUCCGGGUGGCACGAUGAUUCCGGUACAGAAGUCAUUGGACUGCUGGCGGAUCUUAUAGCCAACUCCAAAGACCACAGGGCACAGAGCACCACCGGAGCAAGCGGCAAAAGGAUAUUAGAACUGGCCAGCGACGGACUGUCUCAAAAAGGGGACAUUAUUUCAGUGGUCCUGGACGUCUUCGAGCGCAACUUGCAGAACAUUGGAUCCCGUGGAGAUAUGGGCAAGGCAUUAGACCCAAUCAUGGCAUGCUUGCGGUUUAUCCAAGAAGUUCUGAAGAUUUUGCCCAGCAGAAUCUGGCCUUUCUUGGGACGCAGCAGUUUCAUUGGAUCCGAUGGCAAGGGUGGUUUGAUGACCGCCAUCAUUUCGGCAGCAGAGAUUCCCUCGGGCGAGUAUCCGUUCCUGCUCACAUGCGUCGAGUUACUAGAUGCGAUUGUCGACGACGCGGCAUCUCGCGCAGUAUUGCGAAGAAGCCCCGGCAGCGUGGCGGGCAAAUCAACAAUUGCAUCCGACUGGAGUGCAGGCAUUCCUUCCCACAUCAUGAGGACUGUUCUGUUAAAUCUCAUCCGGACCAUGGUCGAGAUCUUCAAUAGUAAUGGGAAUUGGAGGUUCAAUUUACCGGAGCAGCGAUUCAAAAUGAAUGCGAUGCUUGCGAACUCUUUUGAGCGGGUUCUUUACUACGCCUAUGGGAUCAACGACACAGCGAAACAAGACUCGAAGGUCACUGGUGUCUUCUCUGCCUCGGCAGCGUACAUUCUGGACCUGCUGCGACCUCGGUCAACCGCUGAUCUGCCUUUCAACCCAAUUCUUCGGUUGAUCUCGGACGGUCUUCAGACCCCGCCAACGCUUCAUUUCAGAUACCUGAACUUGGUAGAAAACCAAGUCAACUCGACCCUGAGGCUUUGUAUCAAGCUGGUGCAGUCGGCGCAGCUGACAGAGCAAUCAGGUUCCCUCCUGGAAGAGCAGUUGUUCAAGGCUGCUCCGGUUCUCAUCAAGCUUUAUGCAUUGCAUGAUGCCUACAGGCUGUCGGUGGUUUCGUUACUUGAAAUUCUCAUUUCUAGCGCUGCUUCGGAUCCAGACAAUGAACCUCCUUCCCUUGUGGGUCAUCUCGGAGCCGAGUCAUCUUGCCUGUUUCUGGAUGUGCUGUCGCAGCUGGACAGACCGCUUUGCGACAAGCCCCUGCUGCUAUCAGUAUGGAAAUUGCUGUCCACUUUUGUCAGCAAACGUCAGCAGUGGCUGGCCGUAUUCAUUCUCACCGGAGCAUCCCCUCGUCAAUCUUUGAAGAAGGCAAGUGCAUCAGAAGGCCCGAGCAUGAGAGGCGUGCCAUUCUUGCAGAUGGCACUUGACAAACUGUCGAACAUCGAUCAAGAGGAGCCCCAGGUAGCGCUGGCGUUGUUGCAAUUUGUUUCCCGAGCCCAAGAAAACUGGCCCUGGGCUACUCCACAGCUGAGGAAACACCCUCAAUUCUUCAACGGUGUGGUGAACCAUGUCUCGAAACUGAAGAUUUCAUCCUUGCCCGUGAUAGAUCAAAUUUAUGCAACGCGGAUUGCAGCUGUCGUUGCCGACCUUUGCGCCGUAUACCUGCACUCGGCUAAGGAAUCCAAUGACCGCAGCUUUGUCAAGACACUCAUUCCAUUGGUGUCCUGGUAUGGCAAGGAUGCUGUUGAAGUUUCAGCCUACAAUGCCUCGUUGCACGCGAACCUGAAGAAGAACUUCGAGAUGCGAUACUCGGGCUGCACAAUCCUUGAUUUCAAGAGGACACCGUUGGAGGCACGUACCCUGGGACGGGACUACUACUAUGAUCUCAGCAUGGGAGAUAAGUUGCUUUCCUACGACUUUGCUUGGGCUGGAACUCGCGGCCAGGGCUUUUCCGAGGAGUUUGAACGGGCCAACAUCAAUUUGUCUCUUGUCGAAGCACAAGUGAGCCUCCUCGGCAGUUGGAAAUUCUUUGCCAUUGAGCAUUGCGCCGAUUUCAUGCCCGAUCGCGAAAUCCAAAAGUCAAUGGCAGUGGUCGCACAGAAUUGCCUGGAAGCCAACACGCGGAGUGUGCCACCGGAAACCAUUUUUACGCGCAUCCAACAGGUGCGAGUGGAGUUCGCCCAGGCUCUGCUUCAGCGGCUGGUUGAGGUGGAAGCUCGAGGUGCCGAGGCGUUCAAGCUGCUCGAGGUUGUCUGGAAAGCGCUGCGCGCCCGGCAUCCAACUUAUGAAGAUGCCCUCGUCAAUGACGACCUCGAGUAUUACCGACUGCUCCUCAACGCGCUAUUCCUUGCUCUCCAAUUCCAUCUUGACGGACCUUCACGCACCGCCCCCGAGACCCUGAGCAAGAAGGCUGAGAUUUCAUCCGACCUGACCUUGGUUGUGGAAAUUGUGAAGACUGUUGUCGCGCAGGGCUUCAAAUCACUCACCACAUAUCUGCAUGACCAGCCGGAGAAAUGCACCCCCAAGGACUUUGCCAUCAUCAUCGCCAUCCUGCAGACUUGUUUGCAGGUGAAGAACGCCGACCGGCUUUAUGAGCAUGUUGUUUUCCACAUUGAAGACAACGAAACUGCUCGGCAUGCGACCACGCUGUUCUCCUGGGCCGACCAACUGGCCGUGGCUGGCGACCCUGUGUACGGAGAGCUCAGCAUCUCGGUGCUCGUCAAGCUGUCGACUCUGCCCAUGCUCGCCGAGCACCUUGCUGUUGAGGCAGUCUUAAUGAAACUGUCGACAUGCCGCCUAACCAAUGUUCUCCGCCAACCCAAAGGCUUUGGGCCAUUCGACCCUGUCCCUCGACUGUACACUAUUUGGACCGGUGGCUUCCUUCCUCUUUGUCUCAACCUCCUCUACAAUGUAAUUCGAACCGCGCCAGAGGUGGCUGCUUUCCUGAACCAAUUCGACCGACAACUGGCCCGCACGGCGGACGCAUUCUCCAGCGGGCAUACCACCACUCCGGCGUCUCCGUCUCGGUGGAUCUGCUUGGGAAUGGCCUCCGAAGCCUAUUCGCUGGCGCUGAUCUCAUUCAUUCUGGACCGCUUCCGCGAAGCGGGUCCCAGUGCCGGCGUCGACGCCCAAUCUAUUCAGGAACUCAAGUGGGACAAGGCCCAAGUCAAGGAAGAUAUCGAGGAACUUCUGGGACGCCGUCCGGCCUUGCGCAGUCGCAUCGUGGCUACGACCGAGAAGGAGGCUGAAUGGUCUCGACAGAAGCCCGUCGACUCGAGUUCCGGGGCUGAAAACCGGUUGGAGGAAAAGAUAGUGGGCGAGUUGAAGGCAACGGUGACCUGUUUGGGCGGGGAGGAAUCAUGA